AUGAGCACUUUUUACGAAUACACUGUGGACCUUGCGUUGACCAACAAGCAGCUCUCGUUGGCACUACUGGCCAUCGCAGGCGCGAUCUCUUACGUCAGGUACAUUCGAAGCCCGUGGCGAAAACUCCCACCUGGACCUCCUGGCAUCCCACUGCUCGGAAACCUGCUCCAGAUUCAGGAUAAGCCAUGGCUCUCGUUCACCAAGUGGAAAGACACAUACGGCCCUAUCAUGCAUUUGAACCUGGCCGGGCAGCCUGUCGUCGUGCUAAGCUCGCAGAAGGUCGCUGCGGACCUCUUGGACAGAAAAGCAUCGAUCUACUCAGACAGGCCGAACAACAUCGUCGCCUCCGAUCUCAUGACUGGGGGCUUGCUCGUCGUCUUUACCCACUACAAUGACGUCUGGCGCCGUAUGCGGAGAGCUGGUCACGAAGCCUUGAACAAGGGUGUCGUCCGUAAGUAUCAGCCGAUUCAGCUGAACGAAGCCGUCCUGCUCGCCCACAACAUGCUCGCGAACCCAACGUCGUGGGAUGGACAUUUUCGUCGGGCCGCUGCCUCCGCCAUCAUUUCCAUGGUCUAUGACAAGGAACCCAUUAAGACGACACAAGAGCCCACUGUCCGCGAUGUGAACGACUUCGUCGCACGUCUUACCCGAGCUGCGAUGCCUGGGGCGCACUUCGUCGAGUUCUUCACGUGGAUGAAGUACAUCCCGGCACAGUUGGCGGGCUGGAAGCGGCAGGCGCUCGCGUCAUACCAGGCGGAUUACAGGAUGUUCAAGGAUCUCUUCGACAGCGUUCGAGAACGAAUGACGCAGGGAGACGAGAGGCCGAGUCUGGCUGCGACCUUGAUCCAAGAUUCUGAGCGCAACCAGUUGUCCGUAACCGAGAAUGUCUGGCUCGCAGGGACGAUGUAUGCUGCAGGAGCGGAGACCACCUCCGGAGUUCUGGCUUGGUGGAUGCUGGCUAUGGUCGCCUACCCCGAGACCCAGAAACGCGCCCAAAAAGAGAUUGAAAGGGUCGUCGGUCGUGAUAGACUUCCCAGCUUCAACGACAUCGAAAAUAUGCCGUAUGUCCGUGCGAUGGCGAAAGAGGCUCUUCGGUGGCGCCCAGUCGAUCCCGUCGGUCUGCCCCAUCGGUCCGUCGAGGAUGACUGGUACGAGGGACAUUUCAUCCCGAAGCACUCCAUCGUGAUUGCGAACGUGUGGCACUUGAACCGCGACCCGGAGAUCUACGGACCAGAUGCCCACCACUUCAAUCCUGCUCGCCAUCUCGACGCAAACGGGCAGCUCGGAAACGCGCCCCCGGACACGAAGGAGGAGAGCCAUGUUACGUAUGGCUUCGGACGGCGUAUCUGUGUCGGUCGUCACGUCGCGAACAACUCCCUCUUUAUCGACAUCGCGAUCAUGCUCUGGGCCAUGAACAUCGAAAGGGGGACAGAUAAAUACGGCAUGCCCACACCGCUCGAUGUUGAUGGGUGCAUUGAGGAUGGGCUCGUCGUUCGUCCGAUUCCUUUCGAGGUGAAGAUAACCCCUCGAUUCCCUGAGGCGUUCGCCAUGCUGGAACAUUCGAAGGAAGAUCUAAACCUCAAGAGGGUAAAAGAGACUUAG